AUGUUUGAAAAUCACAAAUGUGCUCCUUCACGGUUUUUAGCGAUUUCGUUGGUGUUGCCAAGGAACCUGUUCCAGUACACCCGCCUGCACCAGCCCCUGCACCCCACCACAAAGGCCAUCACCAUCACCACCACCACCCCACGCCACCCUCAAGCCACCCACCAGUUAAACCUCCCACUUCACCACCAGAACAAUUACCACCAUCUCAAAUCACCCCACCACAAGGGCCAUCACCACCAUCACCACCACCCCAUGCCACCCCCAAGCCACCCUCCAGUUAAACCUCCAACUUCACCACCAGUAAAGCCUCCUACCCACCCUCCAGUUAAGCCUCCCACUUCACCACCAGUCAAGCCUCCAACACCACCAGUCAAGCCUCCAACUCACACUUCACCGCCAGUCAAGCCUCCAACACCACCGGUCAAGCCUCCAACUCCACCGGUCAAGCCUCCCACACCACCAGUCGUCAAGCCUCCAACUCCACCAGUCGUCAAGCCUCCCACUCCACCAGUCAAGCCUCCCACUCCACCAGUCGUCAAGCCUCCAACUCCACCAGUCAAGCCUCCCACUCCACCAGUCGUUAAGCCUCCGAGCCACCCACCGGUGAAGCCUCCCCCACCCACCAGGAAGGCGGUGGCUGUUCAAGGUGUUGUAUAUUGCAAGUCCUGCAAAUACAGAGGGGUUGGAACCCUCAUUGGAGCCUCUCCACUUGCUGGGGCUGUGGUAAAGCUACAGUGUAACAACACCAAGUGGGGACUCGUUGAACAAACCAAGACAGACAAGAAUGGUUAUUUCUUGUUCAAGCCAGCUAAGCUGACAACAGCUGCAUUUCACAAGUGCAAGGUGUUUCUAAUUUCAUCACCAUUGGCUACAUGCAGUGUCCCAACCAAUAUGGGAAAUGGAGCCUUUGGUGCCAUCUUGAUACCCAGCCGCAAGCCACCGGUUAAGCCACUUCCAUUUCAACUAUUCACAGUUGGGCCGUUCGCUUUUGAGCCAGCCAAGAAAGUGCCAUGCCACCUCUAG